AUGUACAACGCGCGAGCGCGCGUCCCCGCCUCACGCAGCUCGCGACUCGCGCAUCCCCAGUCCGCACGACACACGACACACGGAUGGGGAUACGUAAACACAGGGGCCCAGCCGGACGAGAAGCAUGCUUUCUGCUGGUUUUCUUCUGCGUUUCCUUCAUGUGGGCAUCCUACCUUGCCCGUCUUGUAUGAUCCUUCAGACGAUCUCUCACUUGAUCUCCCAGGCCUCUCUCCUCUCACUGCGGUCAGAUAUGACCAUCAAAUCCAGCUGGAUCGUCGACCUCCGCGUGUUCCUGACUCUGCUUCGAACUACCACAGUGCUGCCCAGACAGCACCGGGCGCCUUUGCCACCGCGGCCACCUCCGACGCAUACUACCCGCUCCAGGGAUACUUACAUUCUGAGGUGGGAUCGUCUCGCAUACGAGCUGGGGAAAUCGACGAGCAGAGGGAGGAACUAACAGUGAUAGAUAUCAUGAUUAUCGGACUACGGACGACGCCAUACGUUACAUCAUCUCAACUCUAUCUACCGGCGUCUCGUACGGAGCUAGGUCUGGAAGUCUGGCUUACGGACCGUUAUCCACUGAGUCACCUCAAGUUUCAGCUAGUAUUCCGAGUGGAUGACGCGAGGCUAAGCGACGAGAGGGAUCUCUGGCGUCAAGCCGGCGUCAACGGAGUGCCUCCACCGCGCGGAGACCUUAGCCAGACCUCAUGGAGGCCUUCAGGAGGCCUCUACAGCUUUUCGGGAGGCUUGUUUGCUCUGCGAGGGGGUGCCGACCCCUCCACAGACUUUUGGGCGCUUAUUAUUCCAGCAGCCACAUUCCGUAUUUCCUUACGGAACGUCAUCCAGUAA